AUGGCAAAAACUUCAACUAGUUCAUGUUCUGAACUAGCAAGAAUAGCAAAGGAAUACGAAAAAAAAGAAGAUUGGCAAAAAGCUAUUGAAGCCCAUACACGUGCUUUAAAUGAAUAUGAAAAAAUCUUUUGUAAUGAAAAAGAUAAAUCUUCUCUACAACAUCUAGAGACAUUUACAAAAAUGCAUACAUUGAAAAUAAACGAAAUUAAAAAAAAGAUGAAUAAACGAAAUCCUUUUGAUAUGAAAAAACUGAAGCAGGAAAUUAAUGCAAUACAACGAGGUGAAUUAUCGUUGCAACAGCAGCAGCAGCAGCAGCAGCUAAUUAAUGAUUCAUACGCUAUUGUGCCUUUAGAGGAAGAUGAAGAAGAUCCAUUUAAUAAAUUUUGGGGUGUCGUGGAGCCCAUGGUAGAUAAACUAUCCAACUCAAUCACAGUUUCAUCACCAAUAAAUGAAUCCUAUUUGACUUUACAUACUUCACAACCUAAAAGACUUAUAAGUUAUGACACAACUGACAAUGAAAAGGAAACAGAACGUAUUCAACAAGAAAUGUCAUCAAUAACUGAGUGUUUUUUUUUAAAAGAGAAAGACAAAAGUUCAAAAGAAGAAAAUGAAAGUCUAAAAGCCGAAAUUAUGACCCUGACAACGAAGAUAAAAGAAUUAGAAAAGAAAUCAAUUGAUAGUACAAUAUUAAAGAGUCAUAUUAUUCAAUUUAAAAAUGAUGUCCAUAAAGAAGCACUUCGUAUACUACAAACACAAGAAAAUGCAAUAAUGACAAGAUCAGCCAUGGUAAAUAGUAAUGGAACAUUAAAAAAUUUUCGACAUACAACAGCAGAAAGAAUGAAUCGAAUUAAAGAAUUAGAAAAUGCAAAUCGAGUAUUAAGAGCACAAAAUAGAAAACAAGAAGCGUUGAUGAAUAAAUAUAGAGAAAGAUGGGAGAAAUUAAAAGAAGGGGCUAAAAAGAGACAGUCACCACCACUCAAUGAUAAUAAUAAUAACGUAGUAUAG